AUGGAAAUCUGCAAUUGGCAAAUUGCUAAUCUCAAUAUUCAAGAUAUGGUUCUUUUUGCUACGCUAGCCUAUAAACCAGUAGAUAAUGUUAAACAAGAGUUAAAUGCUUUUUAUAACAACACAAAUCUUAAUUUUACAUUAGUCGAAUCUUUAAGUCAAUACUAUGCAAUCGGUUAUGGAAAUGUUACCUAUUACACGGUCACUACAAAUAAUGUCGUUAUCGUUGCUAUUCGAGGGACUGCUCUAAAUUAUGAGGCUUUUGUCAACGGUGAUAUAUGGAUAGAAUCAGCCGUCUAUCAGCUAAUAUCAUUAUUAUUUCCAUGGUCUAAACUCUUUCCUGAUUACAUAAGUUCACGUAUAAUUCGACAUAUGUCAAUCAUUGAUAGGCUAGCUCAAGAUGGAGAACAACAUCGAUUGUAUGUACAGAAGGUAAUCGAUGUUCUAAAGAAAGUUGACCAAGUUUACGGAAAGACACAUACAUUCAUUGUCGUUGGACAUUCUCUAGGAGGUGGAUUAGCUAAAUUAGCUGGUAUUGCCUUAAAUACAACCGAUGCUCUAGUUAGUAUUAGUGGUCCGGGUAUAACUUAUACGCAUGCUAAACUAUAUGAAACUAGCCAUGUUGAUAUGCAAUCAAUCAAUCGACGUACAGUUAAUCUCUACAAUGAUCGAGAUGUUGUUCCAUGGAUAGAUAAACAAGAAGGUCUAAUUCAAUUAAUAACAUGUCCAAAAACAUUUUCAAAUCUACAAUGUCAUUCUAUGCCACCUAUCUUAUGUAAUGUUAUCAAAAUGUGUGGUAAUACAAGACAAUUUCGCGUCGACAAGAAUAUUUGUAUGCCAAAAUAG